AUGCCCCUUUCCCCAGCUGAAAUAGAACGCGCAGAGCGACUGCUUAAACGUACAAUCGCAAAACGUGACUCGUUAGUGUCACAAAUGCAAUUUCUCUGCGAUCUAGCUAAAAAGUUGGAAGUGAAUAGUGAGGUCCUUCCAUUGUUCCGCGCUCGUAAAAGGGACAUCGGUUCUCUUCGUACACAAUUUAAUGUUGAGCAGGAUGCUAUUUUGGACAUACUCAUACAACUCGUACGCGACGAAGAGUAUGACAACGUUCAUGUGCCUAUUGCAAACAGAAUGUCGGAAUUUUAUUAUAGUAUUAUGACUAUUGCUGACACCGUUCUUGAUGAGACGCCUACGUCCUCUUCCACGAUCGAAUCCAACAUUAACAGUAGCUCAAACAUACAACUUCCAAAGAUUGAUUUACCAAAAUUUGACGGAACUCUAAUUAACUGGAUUUCAUUCCGGGACACGUUUAUUUCUUUGGUACACGACAACUUAAAUAUUGGAAAGUUAGAAAAAUUCCAUUAUUUAUUAAUUUGUGUUUCUGGUUCAGCGCUUACUGUCGUCAAGGCCAUACCUUUAUCUGCGGCCAAUUACGACAUUGCAUGGAAGGCUUUGAUUGACCGUUAUGAUAAUCAGCGAUUACUUGCUACUGCCCAUUUAGAGAAGUUAUUCGCCUUUCGUCCAAUUAAUACGGAGUCCCUUUCUUCACUUUCAGCAUUUGUGAGCACUUUUCAAGAGAACAUCGCCGCAAUCAAAGUUCUCGGAGUGAAUGAUCUUGCGGGAUUUAUGUUAUUUUUUAUCGGUUCUCGCGCGUUAGACCCCGUCACCCGUAAUCUUUUUGAGAGUACUGUGUCACAAGAUUCUGUUCCCGUAUUUGAUGUAUUGCUUAAAUUUGUACAACAGCGGUGUAAGGUAUUGGAAAAUAUUAAAAGUUCCGAAAAAUUGGUUACCCACUCAACAAAAAUCAAGAACAACCCAAGUUCUCGUGCGGUGUUGACUAUUACUGACGCGAAUGUUACGUCGCCGGGUACCUCUUCCGAACCUAUUCAAGGACGAAAGUUUCAACGCAGUUGUGCGUAUUGCAAACAGGAUCAUCCCAUUUAUCGAUGUCAAGCUUUCUCGAAACUUACGGUAAUUAAACGACGUGAAUUUGUAUCGUCAAAUAAACUUUGCUUCUCAUGCAUGAAUCCCUCGCACGCGGUGUCAGUCUGCACGUCAAAGUAUAACUGCAAGACUUGUGGUGAACGUCACAACACCCUUCUGCAUUUAAAAUCCGAAAACAAGCAUUCUCAGCCUGGUCCUACGUCGAAUCAUGUGAUCACAACGAAUCAGUCCGAUUCCAUCGAAUCAAAAACUCAAUUUGCUGGCACGUCUUACACUAAUAAUACUGUCGUACUCGGGACGGCCUAUGUCCGUAUUCAGGAUCGCUGCGGUAGCUAUCAUUCAGUGAGAGUAUUAUUAGACAGUGGAUCACAGAUAUCAGCCAUAACUUCUGAGUGUGCCAACCGUAUCGGAUUGGGUCGUCAAAAAUGUCGCACGGAGAUAUCAGGCCUAGGCCAGAAUCAAGUCAUACCGGUCAAGGGUCGAACUGAAUGCUCGUUCAUUCCAGGUCAAUCCAUGGAACCAGUUAUCAGUUGCAAGGAAGUGUUGGUCCUUCCACGAAUUACAUCAUUCAUGCCAGCCAGACCUUUACCAUCAAGUGUACGUGCGCAGUAUCAAAACCUCCAACUCGCGGAUCCGGACUUUGAUAAACCUGCCCGGAUCGACAUGCAUCUGGGUUGUGAUGUUUUUCCUUAUUUAAUUCACCCUUGUUCGAAAAUCAUACAUUCGGAUAGCUUACCGUCAGCGUUGGAUACAUAUCUUGGUUGGGUUUUAGUUGGUACAGUGGUCAAUUCUUCAUCAAACGAUCAUUUGGCUUCAUCCAAUUCCUUAUCGAUCACGUUAAAUCCAUCUCUGGAUACAUUGCUGCAUCGAUUUUGGUCCGUCGAAGAGCCUGCAACGCCAUCUAUCCCUACUACAGAGGACGAACUUUGUGAAAAAUGGUUUAAGCAGACUGUAUCGCGGAACGCAUCGGGUAGGUUUUGCGUGGCAUUACCCUUCCGAGACGUCGUCUUUGCCGAGACAGGUUCACAACCUGUCACUACCGUCUCCGACUUGUCGUCCUCCCAUGGGCUCGGCUCCUCACGAUCGAUGGCCCUCAAACGGUUAUUUAAUUUGGAACAACGUCUGAGUAAAGACCAGGCUCUAUACGAUGCUUACCGGUCAUUCAUGGACGAAUACUUGUCAUUGGGCCAUAUGAAAAUUGCGACACGACCAGGAAAGUAUUUCAUACCGCAUCAUGCGGUAGUGAAACGUGAUGGUGAUGUAUCGAAGUUACGAGUGGUCUUCGACGCGUCGGCCAAAUCAUCCUCCGGUACUUCUCUUAACGAUUCCUUGUGCAUUGGACCAAAAUUGCAAACGGAGAUUGGUGAAUUACUAUUGACUUGCCGCUUAUACAAAUUCAUCUUCAUUGCCGACAUUGUCAAGAUGUAUCGACAGAUUUCUGUUCGGGAUGAAGAUUGUAUUUAUCAACACAUUUUGUGGCGCCGGUCGCCUGACCAUGAGGUACAAGAGUUCGAAUUACUGACAGUUACCUACGGACUCAAUUCUGCGCCGUUUCUUGCGAUACGUGUGUUGCAUGCCUUGGAUGCUGUCUCCGAACCGCUAUUUCCCGCUGCAAAGGGAAUUCUUAAACACCGCACAUAUGUGGACGACAUACUUGUUGGCAGUAAUACAGAGGAAGAACUAUUCAGCAUGAAGGAAGAUAUCGUUGGUCUUCUUAAGUCCGCAGGCUGCGUGCUCAAGAAGUGGAGUAGCAACAGUGAAAAAAUAAUAGACAGCGUGCCUCUUGAGGACCGAGCUAACUGCCUCUCAUUCGACCCAAAGGAUGAACCUUCUCUGAAAAUUCUAGGUCUCCAUUGGGACCCGCACACAGACACAUUCGGUUACCACACAUGCACCGAUAACUCUAGGCCCACAAAACGAGGCAUAUUAUCUGCUAUUGCUAAAUUGUUCGAUCCAAUCGGCACCCUUGGACCCACGCUCCUGUACGCUAAGGUCCUCAUGCAGCUAUUAUGGCAAAACCAAUUGGAUUGGGACACUCAACUCCCCAUUGACCUUGCGACAAUGUGGAAUAAUUAUGUCUCUGAAAUGCCUUCACUAAAUCAAAUUCAAUUUGCCCGUCACAUAAACGUUUGCGACUACAAGGAGGUACAGCUACUUGGUUUUUGUGAUGCGUCCCAGAAAGGGUAUGCGGCAACAGUUUAUCUCCGUGUCAUUCGGUCAUCAGGUGUAAUCCAAACGUAUUUAUUAACCUGUAAGACCAAAGUAGCACCUCUUAAAGCCAGUGACACGGACGCCUCACUAACGAUACCGCAUCUUGAACUAUGUGCGGCAUUGUUGUUGGCACAGCUAAUGCAAAAUGUUCAUUCCGUCGUCUCACCCAUCAUUAAUAUUACGAAAAUGCAAGCUUGGACCGAUUCGUCCAUAGUCGAGGGGUAA